AUGUACUCGCCGGCGCACAUGCUGGGUGGAGGAAGCAACUCAGGUCACUUCAGCGGCGGGAACAUCGGAGGGUUCGCCAGGAACGCCCCACAUGAGCGGUGGGGGCAUGCGGCUGUUUCGAUCAGCGAGACGAAGAUGCUUGUCCUUGGAGGAGUAGCCAACGCUGUCACAACAGAUUGCUACCUCCUUGACACUGAGAACUUGACUUGGAGCUUGGUGCAAACAACGGGAUCACCUGCUGUCCCAACAUGGAAGCACUCCGCUGUGAGGAUCAAUGGAGUAGUGUACCUGUAUGGAGGACGAUCAGGAUCAAAGUUUAUCAGCGAGGUACACGCACUGAACCUCGACGGUCUCAGCUGGAGGAAGAUUGAGGCCAAGGGAAAGAUUCCUCCAGGUCGCUCUCACCAUGCGGCUGUGGUGACCAAGGAGGGAAAGAUGUUGGUGUUUGGAGGGCAGGUCAGCAAAAAACGCUAUGACAAUGCUCUUUGGUUGUUCGACAUCGAAAAAGGCGAAUGGACUCAGCCCAACUCCGUCGGAAGCAUUCCAAGAGGAAGGGCGGGGCACACGUUGACUGCUAUCUGGACGGCAGCCAACGGUGGAGACAGCUACAUCAUGUUCGGGGGGCACGAGCUCUUCAUGCUGUCCAGCGACAAGAUGUGCUGGAUCAAACCUGCGUGCGGCGGGGCGCCUCCUGCUCCCACCUCCGGCCAUGUCGCUGUGGCGAUCGGCUCGUCCCUCGCCAUCUUCGGAGGAUACUGCUACACGAGGGGCUGCUCAGAGCACUCUGGAGUUGUAGUCGGAAGUUCGAUGUUUGUGUUCGGAGGGACAAGAGAGUCUGGGGAGGCUACGCGGGAGCUGCUUGUUCUCGAUCUCUCUAAGGUCAAGGAGCUGCAAGAGUCCGAGCUCUCCUCGACGAGGAGGCAGGCCGACGGCAGCCAUGGUUUCCUCAGCGGAGGACACAACUCAAGCCGCGGGAGCCAAGGGGGAGGAGCUGGGGCAGGAGGGUGGGGCUUCAGCUCCGGAGGAAACAUUUCUACGAGCGGGGCAGACGCGAGCAACGGAGACAUGGCGAGAUUGCUGGCGAAGAUCCAUCGAAUGGAAGAUGAGUUGAUUAUGGAAAGAAACAGUCGCAUGCAAGUGCAGGAACUUCUCUACACGGAGAGAGGACUAAGAAGGCAAGAAGCUGUUCAAAUCGCUGAGAUGGAGGUCCGAUUGAAGCAUCUGUGUGGGAUGGAGUUGGAGGACUUAACGUCGGAACAAGUGGAGGACUUGAUAACGACCAUCAAAAGAAACUUGUCUGCUGUACAGGAUCAUCUAUCAUCACGGCACAACAAUGUAACGAUCUUUCUCUCUCUCUCUCCCACCUCGCCAUUCCAACUUCUCCAUCGCAUCCUUGCGUUACCCCCGGACCCUGACCAACCUUGUCCCCAGAUCACUUUCAGGAUUCAACAGCUGACAGUCGGGUCAAUCUCUGCGAACGAGUACGCAAACUGGCUCCUGAUGCGGUUGACCGCAAGUGAAGCGCAAGUCAAUCAAAUCACCACGAGCAUGUCAAAGAUGGGCGAAGAGAGUGGAAACGGCCAGCAGAACUUCAGCAGGGGAGUGAGCGGUGAAGACGUGCAGGACAUGAGCGAGUUCAUCGAGGAGCUUCUGCUGGCAGACGGUCUCAAGCCCAUCCUGACCAACUUCAUCUUCUCCCUCGACUCUCAGAACCACAAGACUGCCCUCCUAGUCUUCGGCGCGUUGAUCCCUCAAAUGCAAACUUGCACGAGCAGUGCGAGGUUGCAGGAGGGCGAAGACGAGUCCAACUUCGUCUCUCAGCUGCAGCAGAGCGCCGACGAGAUUCAGUUUGCCCUCAAGUUCCUGGUGUCCAUCAAUGUUGAGCCAGUCCAAGGCGAAUGUUGGAGCUACCUGAAAGCCCUCGGUGAGAAAUCGAGGGAGAGAAAUCGAGGGAGAGAAAUCGAGGGAGAGAAAUCGAGGGAGAGAAAUCGAGGGAGAGAAAUCGAGGGAGAGAAAUCGAGGGAGACCAGUUCAUAUGAGAGGAGGUUGGCGAAAGAAUCAGUCGGCAGUUCUCCUGCAGGACAAAUUCCUUUCUUCUCUCAACUCGAAUCUCCCGCCAUGCAGAUGAUCGUCGACUGGCUCAAGAAUACCAUCUCUGAAUAUGAAAGAUAUGUCCAACGCCAUGGAGCUGCCUUCCUACCAGACGUCAGCACUGCGGGCGACGCUUCUCCUCCUCUGCUCUUUGAGGCUGAGAUUUGGGAGACUCUUGGGAGGCUCUCGGGGGGGACGGGGAGCGGGAGCACAAGGCUGGCAACGACCUACUACACUCGCACCUCCUACUCUACCGCGCGCACCUCCUACUCCUCCACCCGCCCGGGUGCUCCAGCGGGUCUCUCCACCGCCUACCGCACAGCCACGUCCUACGGAUACGCUACCUCCUCGCAGUUCCCUCCCUCCGCUCUGUCAGGCGCCAUCAAGUCUGUCCAGCCCAGCAUGCCGAGCGCACCUGCAGCUGCUCCUGCAGCUGCUCCUGCCGACAACCCGCCAGCCAAAAGCGACGCUAAGGAGGUUGCUGCAAAGAUUGCUGAGCUGCAGUUGAAGAGGAAGGACUGGCCAAAGACGAUUGACACCAAGGAAGUGAAGCAGAUCCACCGCUGCCUGACCCUCGAUGUCAACCUGUCGGGAGAGUACAGGAAAGAGAUUGUGACAGGAACAGGAAACCACAUCUCAGCCUAUCGCUGCUUUGUGCCUUUCGAGGAGGUCGAGCGUCUUAUGGACUUCCUCUUCGAUUACGCCAACUCUCACCCUGCCUGCUCGUCCAACCAGGCGCUACGAGCGUACCUCGUGUACUCAGUGCUGGUCUACUUCAUCCAUCCCUUCAAGGACGGGAACGGCAGGACCGGCAGGAUCCUCGCCAACUGCAUCCUCAAGGCGGCCGGUUUCCCAGCUCUUAUCACGCAUCACGACAAGGUUCUCAGCUUCGACGCCUUCUUCUGGCGCGUGAAGCUGCGGUCGGGUUCAACGCGAGCAGCAGGAGCUGAGUGA